GCUCUCCAGCAUGCAUGGUUGCAAAUGCCAAACGAUGCUUCUUUCCUCUAUCCGGGAACCACACGUGAAAGCCGGCCCAGAAUUCGUCCCCGCUUAUAUAUAGCUCCCUUUUCUUCCACUCAAAAAGCCGUACCUCCUCCUCAUUGAUCCUAUCUGAAUUUCCAUUCCCUCUCUUUCUCGUAGAGCAUCACACGCGCGACAAGCUACAACCAAAACUCUUUCAGAUAGCAUCUUUCGAGUGACUUUAUCUCCAUGGAGAGCUUCAUCUCCAAUCUCGAUGUUUUUUUCUCAGGUAUCUCCCAAAACCAGUCCACCCAAACUGUCGACCUCAAAAAUGGCAGCAUCAACACUGAUGUUGAAGUCUCUGAUUAUUUGCUCUCCGAGGAAGAACCCAUCACCUAUCCUUCAAAUUCAUUCGACCAAACCAGCACUGACCUCGACACAAAACCAACAACUUUCCCUCAACCCCCAAAACCUUCCAACUUAAGCCACCGCAGACCAUCCUUAAACCUUGCAAUACCUCCGAAAACCUUUGGCCAACACUCACAGCCCAUGUUGGCAACUGGAAGUAACUUGAACGUUUCGGAUCAUCCUAAUGAAAGUAAGCACUAUAGGGGAGUCCGGAGACGGCCAUGGGGAAAGUUUGCUGCAGAGAUACGAGACCCCAAUAGGAAAGGCUCAAGGGUAUGGCUCGGAACGUUCAAUACCGCCAUUGAAGCAGCAAAAGCUUACGACCGGGCUGCAUUCAAGCUGCGUGGAAGCAAAGCCAUAGUGAAUUUUCCACUAGAGAUUGCUGCGAACUCUUCGGAAUAUGAUACAAAUUCCGCGCUGAAUGUUGGAAUGAAAAGAAGAAGAGAGAAUGAGAGUGAAGAGAGCGACGCUGUAGAGAGAAAGGAGUUGAAGAAAGAGCCUGUGGAGCCUGGUCGGGAAGCAACAGCAGAGAGUGUUUCGGCGGGGGUUCAUCCGUUAACGCCGUCAAGUUGGACCGGGGUAUGGGAUGGUGAUGUUAAGGGAAUUUUCAAUGUGCCUCUGUUAUCGCCGUUAUCUCCGCAUCCCUCGUUGGGAUAUUCUGGGCUCAUGGUCAUAUGAAGGCCGCGAUAUUCUAUCUCAGCUUAGAAGAGUCUCAACUCUCAAAUCAUGUUGAAUUUAUUUUAUAUUUUUUGGGUUCUUGGCAAUUUUUUAUUCUUUUUAUUUUUUUGGGUAUUGGACUAGAGAAGUCAGCUUGAAGAUGUGUAAUUCUUUUAUUAAUCUAAAAUAAUAAUAAUAAUAAUAAUGCUUUUCCUUA